AUGUCCAGCCCCUCAACCAAAGCCAGUACCACUUAUCCAUUGUUCGGCUGUCCCAUUCCCUACACUGAGCCCCUCUGGUACUCCCGCAACAUCUCACCGCAUUACACAGAGUCACAUCGCAGACUUCGAGCCGCCGUCCGAAAAUACGUCGACGAUGAGAUCCUCCCAUUCGCAUUUGACUGGGAGUCCUCCGGCAAAGUGCCAGACUCGGCACGUGCAUUCAAGAGACAUGCAGAGCUUGGAUAUCUUGCUUUGAGCACGGAUCUUCCCAAUGUUCCACUCCCUGGAGGUAUCCCUUUUGAAGAGUGGGAUUCGUGGCAUACGUUGAUUGUUACGGACGAGUUGUGUCGUGUGGGUUAUACUGGUGUGCUCUGGGGUCUCGGUGGUGGAAAUGGAAUCGGCGUGCCUCCCAUCACUGACUUCGGUACUGCAGCCCAGAAAGCAAGAUUCCUUCCUGGUGUUGCUGAUGGUAGCAUCCGGUUCUGCCUUGGGGUUACUGAGCCUGAUGCCGGUUCGGAUGUAGCGAAUAUAAAAACCACAGCCGUGCGGAAAGGAGACCAUUACAUAGUCAACGGCGCCAAAAAAUGGAUCACCAACGGCAUCUGGGCCGACUACAUGACCGCCGCCGUACGAACCGGCGGUCCAGGCGCCACCGGAAUCUCCGUGCUGAUCAUCCCCCUCAACAUCCCCGGCGUAACCAGGCGGCCGAUGCACAAUUCUGGCGUCGGCGCCUCCGGGAGUACAUUCAUCUCUCUCGAAGACGUACGCGUACCCGUCGAGAACCUGCUCCUUGAAGAAGGGCGCGGUUUCGAAGUCCUCAUGUCGAAUUUCAACCCAGAGCGCAAGAGCAUCGCGACUUCGGCCAUUCGCCUUAGUCGUGUAUGCGUAGAGGAUGCGUGGAGACAUGCGUGUACCCGCGAAACGUUCGGGAGGAAGUUAAUCGAGAAUCCAGUUAUCAGAGGGAAAUUUGUGAGGAUGGGGAGGAUGAUCGAGCCUGCCCAGGCGCUCUUGGAACAGUUGACUUGGUUGAUUGAACAGGCUCGGCGAGAUGGAGAUGCGAAGAACGGCGCGAGACUUGGUGGCAUGACGGCGAUGUUGAAGAUUGUCAGUACGAGAUGUCUGGAGAAGUGCGUGAGGGAGGCUCAGCAAAUUAUGGGAGGCCUGGGAUAUGCGAGGGGUGGAAAGGGGGGAAGGAUUGAAGCAAUCUCGAGAGAUGUCAGAGUUCUGGCCGUUGGUGGUGGAAGUGAAGAGAUCAUGAGCGAGCUCGCAUUCCGGGAAGAGGUCAAGGAUCUAAAAAUAUAUGCAAACUCAAUGAGCAAGUUAUAG